AUGCUGCUCCUCCGGCAGUCUUUCAUGGUUCUUGCAACCGUGUUCCCUUUCGCCCUGACCCAAGGGGAUAGUGGAGUUACCACUGCUACUCUAGAGCGGACUUUCACGGCGUUUGCGACCUCUCAACCAUCGAGCGUGGCCACAACCCGCGUCACAAAAUUCCUCGACACCACAACACUGACCACCACUUUGCGAAACACCACAACGAGUCCUCUACAAUACACCGUGGUCAUCCCUUAUGUCUAUCUGACGACCGUCGAUGUUACGUGCACCUAUAAGGCAACCACCGAUACUAUCACUAUCACUUCCACAAGGACACAGUAUGACAUAACGAACAGUACCUCAACCUCUUAUACCAAUGUUACCGCAAAUGCAACCACCACACUUUUUACGGAAAGUGUCAUCACCGUAUCCACACCGACAGGUUUUGUCCCGGUAGAAGAGUCUUCUGGGGAUGAAAACUACAGUGGAACUAUCAAGCGCCGCGACACGGACCCCGGAGGAGACGUUCUGUUUCCCCGACAGGCUAUCGCUCCGCCUGAUACCUCCUAUAUCUCUCUCAUUUCCAUUGUCACUCGGUUGGUUCCAAGGACAACUUCUACUAUAUUCGUGACCGUGACAAAGACAAGCAUCGUGCGACCACCGCGGACAGUGACGCAGCCGACGACCAGUACAGUAACCCGCAUUGUGGGCGUUCCUGAUGCGCCAGUGAACUCUACAGUGGUGGUGACGGCUUCUACCACCGAAAAUGUGACAAAUACCAUUACCUUCCGGACGGAAACAACGGUAGCCACCAUCACAAACACGCAGCUCAAUUACACAGCCACCAGAUCAACAUAUCUCGCUUGUGCAAGCAAUAACCUCCUCGGGCCCCGAAUCCAGGACCGCAGCUACAUCAGCAAUGUAGUUGACAACACGCGGUCCAAUGUCGGGACGAGGACCGACGCGACCUCGAGCUACGAGUGCUGCACCAUAUGCCAGGACGUCGACGGCUUCUGCGACUUCGCCUACUACGACACGGAGGCCGACACCGCGGGGAACAACUGCGUGCUGUUCAAGGCAAACGCGCCAAAGAAGGGCGGCAGCAGUGCCACAUGUGCCCAUGCAAAGGCCGGCUUCUACAACACCAACAACAGAACGGAAAACAGAUGGGUCGUCAUGAACGGGCCGUGUGGCCAGCUGGUGCAUGGGAACCCCAACAAGUGA